AUGUAUUUCGGCAGCUUCCCGUUCGGGGAUGACAUGCGUGGCCCUGGUCCGCGACGAGGAGGGAGCAAAGAGAAAAACAACACCAAAUUCUACGAGAUUCUUGAAAUCGACCGCACUGCGUCGGUUGCUGAUAUCAAGAAGAGUUACAGAAAGCUGGCCAUCAAGCACCACCCCGACAAGGGAGGUGAUCCUGAGAAGUUCAAAGAAAUCUCUCGGGCCUAUGAAGUUCUGUCCGACCCCGAGAAACGGCGGAUCUACGAUGAUCACGGCGAAGAGGGUUUGGAAGGCGGCGGCGCGGGUGCCGACCCCACAGACAUUUUUGACCUUUUCUUCGGAGGCGGUCGCCGCAUGUCUCGGCAGACGUCCAAGAAGAAGGGAGAAGACAUCGUCUCUGCGAUGAAAGUUACCUUGGAACAGAUGUACUCUGGCGCGACCAAGAGAAUGGCCAUCAACAAGGACGUUCUCUGCAAACAGUGCAACGGUAUCGGCGGACCCGCAGAUGCCCUCACCACGUGCCCCGAUUGCGACGGCCAUGGAGUUAAAGUUGUGACACGCCAGAUCGGCCCCAUGAUCCAGCAGACUCAGAGCGUGUGCCCGGCGUGCAAGGGAGCUGGCAAGACGAUGGAUGCAAGCAAGCGGUGCAAGUCCUGCACAGGAAAGGGCGUCGUGAAGGAGAGAAAGAUCCUCGAGAUCUACAUUGAAAAGGGCGCGAAGAACCACCACAAAGUUAUUUUCCGUGGCGACGCCGACGAGCGUCCGAAUGAAAUCCCCGGAGACGUCAUCUUCAUUCUGGAGCAGCAAGAACACGCGGUCUUCAAGCGUCGCGGGAAUGAUCUUUUCAUGACGAAAAAGAUCUCUCUUCUCGAGUCUCUCUGCGGGUACAAGUUUGUGCUGACACACCUGGAUGGCCGUCAGCUCCUCAUUCAGAGUCCCCCGGACACCGUCACCAAGCCCGAGGCCGUGCAGAUCAUCAAGGGCGAGGGCAUGCCCCAGCAGAAGAACCCCUUCUUGAAAGGCGAUCUCUUCAUCGUUUUUGAGGUCGAAUUCCCGGAACACGUCAGCGAUGCAGACGCGAAGAAACUGGCUCAGAUUCUCCCCAAACCGACAGAGGCAGUGAUGGUCAGUGAAGACGAUCCUCAUGUGGAGAUCCACGUGGCGGAGCCCGUGGACCCAGACGAUCUGCGCAACCGCCAACAGACGCAGAGAAGCGGCGAGGCGUACGAGGAGGACGACGAGGACGAGCAUCCAGGCCAGCAGCGCGUCCAGUGUCGGCAACAGUAA